UGUAAACAUGCUACUACUUCUGUCCAUAUCACUUUUGGUUCAGGAACUUUUGAUGGCUCCAGCUGCGGGCUCAGACCUGGACCCUUGCUCAGCCUACAUCAGCCUGAAUGAGCCCUGGAGAAACUCUGAGUACCACGUGAACCAGACCUCUAACAGCACCCCCUUGUGUGACUCUUACAUGUCCGGGGAGUGGUACCGCUUCACUGGGAUGGCUGGAGACGCGAUGCCCACCUUCUGCAUCUCAGAGAACCACUGUGGCACACACGCUCCCAUCUGGCUCAAUGGCACUCACCCCCAGCUGCAGGACGGGGUGGUGAGCAUGUCAGUGUGUGCCAGUUUUAAUGGGGACUGCUGCCGCUGGAACGCCUCCGUGGAGGUGAAGGCUUGUCCUGGGGGGUACUUUGUCUACCGGCUGCCCAAACCUUCUGUCUGCUUCCACGUGUACUGCGGGCACUUCUAUGAUAUCUGUGAUGAGGUGGAGUGCACAGGCCCCAUGUGUUCACAGCCUGAAUGUCAGUGUGCUGCAGGGACCGUCCUGGGACCAGACAGACAAACAUGCCUUGAUGUGAAUGAGUGUGAGGUGUCCAAUGGAGGCUGUGCAGAGCUCUGUGCCAACACUAAAGGCUCUCGUCGCUGUGAGUGUGGUCCUGGGCGGGUGCUGGCGGAGGAUGGGCUCAACUGUAAAGAGAUGGCAGGUUGUCAUGUUAACAAUGGAGGCUGUAGUCACGGCUGCUCCACACCGCAGGACGGCCAUCAGUGUCACUGUCCCCGAGGACUGGAGCUGGGUGAGGACAACCACACCUGUCAGGUACCGGUGCAGUGUGACCCCAGCUCCAUCACUGUGUCCGUACCCAAAGACCUGGUGGGGGGACUGGAGCUCUUCCUGUCCAACUCGUCAUGCCGCGGCGUCUCCAAUGGGACACACAUCAACCUGAGCUUCAGUCUCAAGACCUGUGGGACAGUGGUGGAGGUGACUGAUGACAAAAUAGUGGGGACCAACUUGGUAACGGGCCUCCCAAAGAGCAGCCCGGGCAGUAGUGGAGACCUGAUUGUCCGCACUAGUAAGUUAGUUCUACCAGUCACUUGUGAGUUCCCUCGGGAGUACCAGGUUUCAGACGGGUACCAGGCAAGUCUGCGCAGCUCGGACUUGGAAUUGGCUGGACACAGCGAAGGCGUUUUCCCAUUCUCCUUGGAGUUGUUUAAAAAUGCAGAGUUUUCAGAGCCGUACCACAGCCCUCCUCAGCUCCAGCUUCAUGACACCCUUUUUUUCGGAGUGGAGCCCAAAGAGAGACUGGAGGGUCUGUCUGCGCUGGUGGAGAGCUGCUUCGCCACCCCGGGACCCAAAGCAGACCAGGCUCUGAAGUACUACCUCAUUAAAGAUGGGUGCAUUUCUGAUGAAACUGUGAUCCAAUACUCAUCAAAGGACAAGCUUUCCAAACACUACCAGGUCCCCGUGUUCAAAUUCAUUGGCAAAGACAACAAACAAGUCUUCCUGCACUGUCAGGUGUUGGUAUGCGGAGCUGCAGACGCUCGCUGCGCUCAGCGGUGUCAGGGACGAGUCCGCAGGGAGGCCCCCCCACAUAGCCUCCAGCAGCACUACACCGUGAGCGGAGGGCCUGUCUUCAUCAGACCAUGAGACAGACACAACAGCAAGAAAUAUGAGGCAAAGUAGUGGACAACAUUGUCUCAAUUGAGCUCUGUGGGUUGGGUUUACCCUCUGCCUAACCAGUGCUGCGUUCAAACACCAUUAAUACCAUAAAAGCAGGAUCCAGCAUUCUCUUGAUAAGUUUUCAGACUUUUAAAGGCCUAUUUGAUACUACCCUUGCUAAUAUAUACCACAAACAUCAGGUCUUUCUUGUAAAAAAACAAACAAACGUAGAGACAAAUACAAUCACCUAUACAAGUCAGUAGACAUUUGAUAAUAGUAUUUUAUAGGCUAAUAUGACCGGAUAAAGCCUUUAUAGAAUUCAGACCAAUAAUACAAGUAGCUGUGUUUGCUUUUACUGGACUGUUGGAUUGAGAUGGUGUAAAGUACUUAAUAUGUGCUAUUAGUAAGGACUACUACAAAAUAGUCAUUUUAAGUGUAAAGUAAUAUUGAGCACAGAUGAUGUUGUUAUGAGCAAAGCCAAAUGCCACUACAACAAUCGCAGAGGAAAAACAAACCAUGCUUAUGAAUAAACAGGCAAUUCAGUUUAUUGGACAUUUAAUACACAACCAUCAAAAGUCCAUUUAACUGUGUGUGUAGUUAUUUCUCCCAUUGCUUCUCUCAGCAUCAGUUACUGCCAUUUGACUGCUGCAACCUCGGCUUGUGAGUCUUUGCCACUUUGCCUGACAGAAUAAUUUACUGACAUUAAAAUGAAUGACAUUUCUAUUAGAAAGCAUUUGGAGAGGCCUGCAGUUCAUUUGUAACACGUACAGCAUGAGGGAUGUUUUCUAGGUCACACUCACAUUUCUCAGUCUUGAUUGGGCCACCACAUCUUAAAGAUUUAAUGGAUUUGUCAAAGCUCUGUAUAUUUUAGCCCAUCAUUGACUGACAAUGUAUAAAUAUGCUGCUUCAUUUCAUAGCAGUCCAUAUCAUAUACUGAAAUUUAUUACUUUGUAGUCAAGACAAAUUCAUCUUCAUAACAGUGUAUUUUAGGUGCACCAUGUAGUGUUUCUGGUGGAGGGUCUGCCCCUUGUUUGUCUCCAUAUAUACAUUAUAGCUUUCCUGAAAAUUCCAUUGUGGUAUUAAGACAAGCAGGUUACAUCAUCCAGUUACAGGUCACCUCUGUGGAGAGGCAACUCUGCUCACAGUAAGAACACAUAAUCUUUAAGAUAUUUUAAAGCAAUAAAAAUACCUGCUACGAAAAAGUAAGACAUGAAAAUGUUAUACUGUACUGUGAAAUAUUUCCAGUAAAACAAUAAUCUUCAUGCAUUCAAGCAGGUUCCGUACCCUCCAUAACAAAAAACUGCAUAGUGCACCUUUAAUAUAAUCUCUAUAUAAUAAUUUACUUACUAAAAAUAAUAUCGUACAUUCAGUGCUAACACAUCAGCCUCUAAAUAUCUCCAUGACAGCAGUUUAUGUUUGAUA